AAAUGCAAUGCUUUUCCAUUUGCGAGGGCUGAGAGUCUGUGGAGUUUACAACAUUUUCGUGAAAAAAUUCCCCUCUAGGUWCUUUGCUAAUGCUAAAAACAUGGAGUGCAAUGACUUAUCUGCUGGGUUUAUAACAUGUCCUAACCAUGAAACAGCCAAAGCUCUUGCCAGGGGAAUGGUUGAGAAAAACUUAGUAGCUUGUGUCAAUAUAAUACCAAAUAUCACAUCAAUUUAUGCAUGGGAAAAUAAAGUUGAAGAAGACUCUGAAUUUAUGUUGUUGAUAAAAACAAGAAGUACAAGAAUACCAGAUGUCACUGAUUACAUAAAAAAAAAUCAUCCAUAUGAUGUCCCAGAAGUCAUCAGUUUCAAGAUUGAUCAAGGAAACCCGGGUUAUCUGGACUUUGUAAGAACAAAUACAGUUGAAAAUCCUCAGAAAUCUGAACCAUAGACUGGUGUUUUGUAGACAUAUUGUACAGCACUACAAAGAAUGAUAUACAGCACGUUGAAUUAUCUACAAUUCAUUAGAUGUGCUUCAUUACAAAAUUCUAGUGUUGUUUCAGUCGUAGCUGAUAGACGAAUGAUUAAGUUAUUGAAAGUUUUUUUUUUAAGUUGUAGACAUAAACAAUAAGUUCUGUGUCACUGAAGAGUWAUGCAAUGUGUGCAUUUAUAGUUGGUUGUACAAAAAGAUGUACAAAAGAAUUGCAGACAAGCUCUGGGGUCACAAUGAAUAAUCUUGUAUAAUUCUUAUAUUUCCACUGAGCCUCGUCUGCAAUUCUGAAAUAUCUAAAGUCAGCUUAUUGCAUUGGUACAAAGUGAAUGAUUUCCAUUUGCAAUAAGUCUAAGUGUUUGCAGAUUUGCUAAGAUUUUACAUUUGCACUAAAGAAGGCAAUGGAUCAGUUUAUUUCUGAGUUACCUGUUCGUUUCUCAUCAAAUGUUGUUAAAACGGUUCUUCAACCUGCAAAAGGUAUUAAUUUUAUUCCCAUAGAAGUGUACCACACAAUCAUUAUAGCUUGUACUAGUUUUCAUAUAAGGAUGUUAUGAUAUUGCAGUAUCUUGUACUAGUUUCCAUAUAAGGAUAUUAUGAUAUUGCGAUGUGACAUCACAAUAAUGCAGUCUUAAUUUUAAAAAGUUGUUGUUAUUCAACUAGUUACACAGUGAUGCCGAAAAGAAGCUGAAAACUCUAAAUAUUGACCAGUUUUUUACCCUUAUCUGUUGGUARAAUAURAUUUCACAAUUUGCAAUGCAGUGUAUUACACUCUAUUUCACACAAGAACUAAAAUGUCAUUUACUCAUCAGUUAAGUUUUAUUUCGGCUGGUCAUGUAGACAUGCAAGAGAGCAACAUUUUAUGAAAAGACAGUUUCUGAUAUUUUAAUCAUAAAGUGUAUUAGCCAUGUGGGUUAGCCACGAGUCUUAUUUGCAGUAGAAAUCAAAAAGUGCUUUUAUUGUGGUAUUAGCAAUAGUUUUUGAUAACAAUAAUAAUUAUCAUUUACAGUGGUUAGCAUUAGUUAACGAUAUUGGAGGUGUACAUUUCAUUAUGGAAUUUGUUGUAAAAAAAUCACAAAGGGUUUUGGAAUUAUUGCUUGCUUUGGAGUUGCCUUAUUUGUUUCUUUCCAACUCAGUUGGAAUUAUGUAUGGUUCGAGUCUCUUUAUAUGCAUUCUAAAUAUAGCGAUACUCAGUGUUUAUCAACAAACUCAUUCUUAUGUUACUGUGCCAACCAUGAUCAGAAUGGCUUUUCACAAGUCACUUUGUUCUAACAGCCAGUCGUCUUCUGGUUGGCACAUGAAUAACAAAGGCUUAUGUCACAUUAAGUAUAUUAGCUAUACUUGUAGAUGCAUAGUACAGUAGUUGAAUACUUUGAAAUGUCUCUCUACUGGUGGAAUUCUGUUUCUGGAAAAAAUCUAGUGUCCCCUUGGAGGACAAAGUGAUUUCCAAGGAGUAUGWGAGUCUUAAACAUCUACAUUUCCUACAAAAUACAAAAAGUGUUUCUGUGAAAUGUUAUCAUGUGUAAUACAAUGCAUGUAAAGCCAGACUUCAGUUUAAGUUUUAAUCAAUUUACUAGAUAAAAAUGAAAUAAAAGCUUGUCGUGCAA